CCUCCGUCCCUCCCUGAGAUUCAUUUGCCUAUAAAUAGCCACUCUCUUCUUCCUUCUUUCUCAGACUCAGGACUUUCGUACUACUCUGUUUUUACUCUCUAAGUUUCUCAUCUCUUUCUCCUUUUACUCCUUCCUGCACUCAUCACUCAACAAAAAUGAAGCAAAAGAUUGUGAUAAAGGUGUCGAUGAACGACGAGAAAUCACGCUCCAAAGCCCUCAAGAUUUCUGUCUGCGUAUCAGGUGUUGAAUCGGCGGCUCUGACGGGGGGGGGGAAGAACCAGGUGGAGGUGGUGGGAGAGGGCAUCGACGCCGUGGAGCUGACGCGGCGGCUGAGGAAGAACGUAGCUUACGCGGAGCUGG